AUGGACGGUGGACACAGCCUCAUGAUGGACGUUACUGUACGAGAGCUCAUGGAGCUCUUUCUGCAGAGCACGCUGGUGGCUGGGGUGACCCGCCACCAGGAGACCCUGUUUAACUUGCAGAGGUUGGAGGUCCCAGACAUGGCCCUGGAGGAGCUGGAGUUUCUCUCCAGCAACAUGACCUGUCGCCUCAGGAGGCUCUUAAUUGAGCAAGACAGUUACAGGGAGCUGGUCGUGACCCUGACCCAGGAGUGGAACACCAGCAGCCGCCCCAGCGAGGACACGCAGCCCCUGGCCGUGGAGCUGGCGGACACCAAGGCCACGCUGCGCGGCGUCAGGCAGGAGCUGGAGGAGAAGACGAAGCAGCUGGCGGACGCCAGGCAUCAGUUGUACCAGCUGGUGCUGGAGCUGCAGGAGGCCCGGCGCAAUAACAUGGAGUUGGCAGCCAGCGCCCAGGCUGCUCCUGCCCUCCCUGAGCUGGACUCCCUGAGGGAGAAGGUGAGGCGCGUGGAGAGGCUGGAGAUGGAGGCGAUGGGCCUCAGGCAGAAGGAGAAAGACAUAGACUUCUAUGCAGCCUGUCUGGCCUUGCUCACCACAUCUCUGUAUGGAGACUUGGGCACCAUGACUCAGGUGCCGACUGGAGACGAUUAUUUUUCCAUGGACACUGAGAGCUAUCUCCAGGACCAUUGGAUUUGGUAUUGGAUUGAUAAGCUAUUCGAGCGGGAGGAGGAGAAUGUGCAGCUGAAAUCGAGGCUGCACCACCUCCAAUUGGCCCGGGACACAGACCAGAAAUGCCUUGAGGAGCUGCGGGAAGAGAUCAUGGCCCUCAAGACUGCACAAGGGCAGAGUGUGGAGGAGUCCGCCCACCUGCACUGGGAGCUGGAGCAGCUCUGCUUCCUGAAGCUGGACAAGGAGAAGCAGAGCCUCCAGGACACCAUCCAGGGGCUGUGCGACGCCUCCCUGGCCAUGCAGGAGAGCAGCCUCCAGCGCCGGGAGCUGGAGAAGGAGAACCAGCAGCUCAGAAAGCAGAUUGAAGACUGGCAAGUCCAGAUGGAAAGAGAAAAGCAGACAAGCCGGGAUCUGGCGACUCUCUGUGAGGAGCUGGUGGAGGAGAGAGAACAGCUGCUCCGUGACAUGGAGACCCUGAAGGCUGAGGAAGCCCAGGAGUUCAAGGAUCUUAAACAACUGGUGCGUUCACUGCGGGAUAGUUCACAGACCAGCAGCAAGGCCCGCAUGAAGGGCCAGAAGACUGAGAAAAAAGUGCUCCUCCAGACGGUGACGGACACCAAAAGGAAAGUGACUAUGAUGGAGUGGGAGCGGCGGCAGCUGUGCCGGGACCUGGAGCAGGUGAAGGCGCAGGCGGUGCAGGCACAGGAGCUGGAGCACAGGAAGGAGCUGCAUCGCCUGCAGGAGGAGAUCGAGAAGCUGGCCAUGGAGGUCAGCGCCCUGACGACGGCCCCUCAGAAGGUCCACGCCCUCGAGCGGGAGAGCCCGGACCUGUUGCUCGAGAACCAGAGGCUGCAGAUGUCUCUGGACACCCUGCAGCCCGAGGGCCUGGAGCAGGACAAGCAGCUGGACACCAGGGUGGAAAAUUCCACUCUGAGCUCCCAGAGCGCCUCGCUCACUGCGCUCACAGAGCAGAACACGCAGCUCCAGCACCAGCCGCUGGCGGCAGCCCACAAGGCCCUGCAGCAGGAACACGCGUGCCUGGGCGCGCUCCACGAGCGCCUGACUAGGGAGCACGAGGCCCUUCUGGACAAGUACCGCCGCCAGAAGACACUGCUGAGUCGGACCCUGAAGCUGGAGAGCAAGGCUCUCAGUGACAGAUACAAGGACCAGCUCCAACAUAAGGCGGCGCUGGAGCAGCUGGGGACGCUCUUGACCACCGAGCGGGAGGCUCUGCAGCAGGAGCAGAGGACGAGCACCAUGGCCGCCGAGGAGAACCAGAGGCUGCAGAGAGAGCUGGACAGGGCCAAUUCCCUGCACCAGCAGCUGAAAGGGGAGCAGGAGGAGCUGCAGACCCACACUUAUAAGCUGCAGACCUCCCUGAACGACACCCAGCUGCAGGUGAACCGCUGGCAGAACCAGUGCAACUGGCUGAGGGAGGAGCUCCAGAGCACGGACAUCUCGCUGACCGAGCUGGACAACCGCUGCCAGCUGGUCUCCCGCCUCAAGGGCAACUUGGAGGGAGAAAACCGUCACCUGCAGAGCCAAAUCCAAAGGCUGAAAGAGCAGAACCAGAGGCUUUUCCAGGAGGACGUGGAGGACAAGGACCAGCACCAGGAGGAGCAGCAGCAGUACGUAGACAAAUUCAAUGCCUUACAGAGACAAAAUGAAAAACUGGAAGUAAAAAGCAUGGCUCAGCACAAGUUCCAUGAUCCAGCGCCAAAGAAGAAAAAGCACUGGAUUGGAGCCAAAGUCUUAGUCAAACUCAUCAAACUAAAGAAAGGGGGAUCCAGAGAACGACCAAAGUCAACCCCACAGAGGCCUCCCUGGCCGCUGGGGUCCUCAGACCAGGCCUCGCCCAGUACUUCUCAGCCUCUUCAAUCGCAGCUGGAACCCCUCGAGGCCACCCCAUGCUGCUCAAAGGUGACAGAAGAGCAAGACACCUGCAGGGGGCCCAGGGGAAAAGGCCCUGGGGACCCAAUACCAAAGGGAGUGGCCCCACACAGAGGCAGCCUUGACCGCACUCGAGGAGAUGCCUCUGCUGACCCAGCCACCAAGCCCCGGCCAUCAGAGCUGGGCUCCGGGGCCUGUUCAUCCUCAGCCAUCACUACAGCUCCUUCCAGCUCCACCUCCACCUCCCGGCACCCAGGCCGCACCCACGAGAUGACAGCAUCUGAGGACAGCAGAAGAGCUGGAAAUGACCGCCCCGGAGGUGUUAGAAACUGACAAGAAGAGAAGGGGUUAUGAUUUUUCAUCAUCUUACCUCCCACUGGACCCUGGGAGCUAUGACAAGCAUAACUGUAAUUUGACAAGCCCAGCAAAGACAGACAGGGCCCCGGCUCUCAACGCUCCCUGGCUCAGCUUCAGGACCUGGCCCCUGGUUUACAAAUCAGGAGCACCCCUGGGAGAAGGUGAGGUGAGUGAGCACAGGGCAGGAGGCAGUC